AUAUAUCUCCAUGGCUAAUGAGGCUGGCCGGGCACAUUCAAAAUGGCGGAGUGUGGGGCGAGGGGCAGCGGUAGCAGCGGGGACAGCCUGGACAAGAGCAUCACGCUUCCUCCCGACGAGAUUUUCCGUAACCUGGAGAACGCCAAGCGCUUCGCCAUCGACAUAGGUGGGUCCCUGACCAAGCUGGCCUACUACUCAACCGUGCAGCACAAGGUCGCCAAAGUGAGGUCCUUUGACCACUCAGGGAAGGACACAGAGCAGGACCAUGAGCCUCCCUAUGAGAUCUCUGUCCAGGAAGAGAUCACUGCCCGCUUGCACUUCAUCAAAUUUGAGAACACUUACAUCGAAGCCUGCCUGGACUUCAUCAAAGAUCACCUGGUCAACACAGAGACGAAAGUCAUCCAGGCCACGGGGGGUGGGGCCUACAAGUUCAAGGACCUCAUUGAGGAGAAGCUUCGGCUCAAAGUGGACAAGGAGGACGUGAUGACCUGCCUCAUAAAGGGCUGCAACUUUGUGCUGAAGAACAUCCCGCAUGAGGCUUUCAUGUACCAGAAGGACGCCGACCCUGAGUUUCGCUUCCAGACAAACCACCCGAACAUUUUCCCCUACCUCCUUGUUAACAUUGGCUCUGGGGUCUCUAUCGUGAAGGUGGAGACUGAAGACAAGUUUGAGUGGAUUGGCGGCAGCUCCAUUGGAGGGGGCACGUUCUGGGGGCUCGGCGCUCUGCUCACUAAGACAAAGAAAUUCGAUGAGCUGCUGCAUCUGGCCUCCAAGGGCCAGCACACGAACGUGGACAUGCUGGUACAGGACAUCUACGGCGGGGCCUGCCAGACGCUGGGGCUCAGCGGCACCCUCAUCGCCAGCAGCUUCGGGAAGUCAGCGACUGCCGACCGAGAGUUUUCCAAAGAGGACAUGGCCAAGAGCCUGCUGCACAUGAUCAGCAACGACAUCGGGCAGCUUGCCUGCCUAUAUGCAAAACUCCACCACCUGGACAAGGUCUACUUCGGAGGUUUCUUUAUCCGGGGCCACCCGGUCACCAUGCGCACCAUCACCUACAGCAUCAACUUCUUCUCUAAGGGAGAAGUCCAAGCAUUAUUCCUGAGACACGAGGGCUACCUGGGGGCCAUCGGCGCAUUUCUGAAAGGAGCUGAGCAAGACAAUCCUAACCAGUACAGCUGGGGAGAGAACUACGCAGGGAGCUCUGGCCUGAUGAGCUCGUCCCCUGACCUCUGCCCUGCACAACGGGCACGCAGUGGCACUUUUGACCUGCUGGAAAUGGACCGGCUGGCGCGGCCGCUGGUGGCCCUGCCGCUCCUCCUGGACCCGUCUUCUUACGUCCCCGACACAGUGGACCUGACUGAGGACCCCCUGGCCCGCAAGUACUGGCUCAGCUGCUUUGAGGAGGCGCUUGAUGGGGUGGUCAAGCGUGCCAUGGCCAGCCAGCCAGACUCCAUCGAUGCCGCCGAGAGGGCCGAGAAGUUCCGGCAGAAGUACUGGAACAAGCUUCAGACUCUGAGACACCAGCCGUUUGCCUAUGGGACUCUGACUGUGCGCAGCUUGUUGGACACGAGGGAGCACUGUUUGAAUGAGUUCAACUUCCCAGACCCCUAUUCAAAAGUGAAGCAGAAGGAAAACGGAGUGGCACUGAAGUGCUUCCAGCGGGUCGUCCAGUCCCUGGACACGCUGGGCUGGGAGGAGAGGCAGCUGGCGCUGGUGGAAGGACUCUUGGCGGGGAAUGUCUUUGACUGGGGCGCAAAGGCCGUCUCCGAUGUUCUUGAAUCAGACCCCCAGUUCGGAUUUGAGGAGGCUAAGAGGAAGUUACAAGAGCGGCCUUGGCUCGUGGAUUCCUACAAUGAGUGGCUCCAGAGGUUAAAGGGGCCCCCUCAUAAAUGUGCCUUAAUUUUCGCAGAUAACAGUGGAGUAGACAUCAUUUUGGGAGUCUUCCCCUUUAUCAGGGAGCUACUCUUUAGAGGGACCGAGGUCAUCCUGGCGUGCAACUCAGGGCCUGCCCUGAACGACGUGACCCAUAGUGAGUCCCUCAUUGUGGCUGAGAGGAUAGCUGCCAUGGACCCCAUUAUCCACUCUGCGCUGGAAGAAGACAGGCUGCUGCUGGUACAGACUGGCUCCAGCUCCCCCUGCCUCGACCUCAGCCGCCUGGACAAGGGGCUGGCCACCCUGGUGCGUGAGCGGGGCGCCGACCUGGUGGUCAUCGAAGGCAUGGGCCGGGCCGUGCACACCAACUACCACGCCGCGCUGCGCUGCGAGAGCCUCAAGCUGGCCGUCAUCAAGAACUCGUGGCUGGCUGAUCGCCUCGGCGGCCGGCUCUUCAGCGUCAUCUUCAAGUACGAGGUGCCAGCUGAGUGAGGGCCAUGCCUGCCACGCCGACUGGCGUCGUCGACCUCCUCAUCCCUGUAGAGAAUGUAUUUUUAUGGCCACUGGGGAA